AUGGGCGGCUUCCUCAACUUGUUCUCGCGAUUCCUUCGAGCGAAGACGCAAAUCGACUGGAAGUCCAUUCAGCCUCUUCCGGAGGGCGCCAUCAAGCCCUACAAGCAGCUCGCGCCAGUUGCCGAUGAUCAAGUAGCGUCAAUGCUCAGCAAGCUGGUUGUCAUCAAGCUGAACGGAGGUCUCGGCACAUCCAUGGGAUGCAAAGGCCCGAAAUCGGUGAUUGCUGUCCGAAACGACCUUACUUUCCUCGACCUCACGAUGCAGCAGAUUCAGCAACUAAACCGCACCUACAAUGUUGAUGUCCCGCUGGUUUUGAUGAACUCCUUCAACACCGAUGACGAUACGCAGAAAUUGCUCAAGAAAUACGCGAACGUCAAGGUGUCCGUCGUAUCCUUCUGCCAGUCGCGAUACCCACGAAUCAACAAGGAAACCCUGAUGCCGAUCGGCAAGGACAUGAGCUCCAAUGACCUCGAAGCCUGGUACCCACCUGGUCACGGCAAUUUCUACGAGGCCUUCGCCAAUUCUGGGCUUCUUGAUAAGUUCCUCGAGCAAGGAAAGGAGUUCUGCUUCUUGUCGAACAUUGACAACAUGGGAGCCACUGUGGAUCUCAGCAUCCUGAACUUUGUGAUGAACCCCACCGACCAGCAAGAACGGCCCGAGUUUGUGAUGGAGGUUACCGACAAGACGAGAGCCGAUGUGAAGGGAGGAACACUCAUCCAGUACGAGGACAAGCUCAUGCUGCUCGAGAUUGCCCAGGUCCCGAAGGACUAUGUCGACGAGUUCAAGAGUAUUUCAAAAUUCAGAAUAUUCAACACAAACAAUCUAUGGGCCAACCUCGGUGCUAUCAAGCGUGUCAUUUCCAACAACGAGCUCGAUAUGGAGGUGAUUGUUAACCCGAAGCACCUGGAUCGAGGACUAGAUGUGAUCCAGCUGGAGACUGCUGCCGGUGCGGCCAUCAAGAAUUUCAAGUAUUCUUGCGGGAUCAACGUGCCGCGUUCCCGUUUCUUGCCUGUGAAGAAGUCGUCAGAUUUGCUGCUUCUAAUGUCCAACCUCCAUAUAAACAAGAUGCACACGAUCCUCCUGAUGCAGCCGACCGGAAAACUGGAGUCGAGAACGUGGAGCGACUACGAAACCCUGCGGGAAUGUCUUGAAGCGAUCUGCAAAAUCUAUGAGGAAUUUUUGAAGAAGCACAACCCCGGGCAGCCAUCAAUUACCUACGAUGUAAGCAAUCUGUUCGACUUCAUCGACAAGCUCACCGAUCUCAGCUGUAUGGUACUGAAUAAGGAUCGUACGUACAUGCCCCACAACAAGGAAUGGAUCAAGGAGAAGAUCUUUGCCAUGCUGAAAAAUCAAGCUAGCGUCCAG